AGUUUAGAAGAGAUUUUCGAAGAUUCAUUUACUAAUUAUUACUUGUUGGUUGUGUGCUCUUAUCAUUGUAAAUAUAAGAAAACAGAUUGACUUAAAAAAGGAUUCAAGUGGUUUUGCAAUUUUGUUCAAAAUGGGUACUCGUGCACUUUUUUUACUUGCAAUUACAACAUUUUUAAUCGGUUCCUUCGUUAACAAAGUAUCUGCAAUACAUUGUUGGAGAUGUUCAUCGGAUGCAUCGAUUGCAGCACUGUACUGUAAUGAUCCAUUUGAUUCAAGCAACAUCACGGAGCAACAAAAACGUUGGAGCUACGUAGAAUGUAUGUAUCCGCCCAGUCAAUUGAAUCCACACAGCCAACAAUUAGCUCAAAGAGCCGUUUGCAAAAAAAUCAAGCAGCUCGUUAACGAUAAUGUUAUCAUAUCGCGAUCGUGUUAUUGGGAAGAUGUGAAUGCACAGAAAAAUGAUUGUAUGAAUGCCACCACACCUUCAUACAUAAGAACAAUAUUUUGUGAGACAUGUUCAACAGAUGGAUGCAACGGUGAAGCGAUGAACCCAGUCGCUAAAACUGGAAAUUCAUUUGAUGGAGGAAUCAAUGCGAUCGACGAACAAAAGAAUGUGGUCGAUGAUAAAAAUGCCACCACAUGCAAUUGCAAAAAGAGUUCUGCGUCCACUUUGAAUGUUAAAACUAUAGCGAAUGUAGUAAAUUUAUUAGUGGCAUUCAUUUUUGCGCAGUAUUUUAUUCUAGGUUGUCGAAAUAUGCUUAAACAGGCCAACAGUUAGAUGCGCAAUGUGUAGUGCAUAUUACUUUUUUAUUUGUACUUGCUUAAACCAUAACACUCAAUGGAAACGAAGCUGUGAAUUCGAUUGAAAUGUUUAAUAUAUACAUCGUUAAUCUAAUCAAGAUGAAGAAAAUUAGAAAACUAAAAAUAGAAAUUAAUUUUCUUCUCAUUUUACCUAAAAUUGUUUCUUUAAUAUGAUUUAUGAUUACAAAUAAUAAAUACAAUAAAUGGAA